AUGGCACGACGGAAAUCAGGUCAUGGCGGAGGCACUAACAUCGACAGGUUGAGCACACUACCGGACUCAGUGUUGUGCCAUAUACAGUCAUUUCUCCCAACGAUAACUUCCGUUGCGACUAUGAGUCUUGUGUCUCGCAGAUGGCGCCACCUCUGGAAGUAUCUACAGGUCUUCCAUUUCGACGACUCCGACUUUGGCGACUGGAAAAACAAGUUUCCAUUAUUCGUGAACGCUGUGCUCGCCCUCCGCAAAUCCCGUGGCAUUCGAAAAUUCCAUCUCAAUCUCUACAACUAUGGUUGUCUGGGUUAUGAUCACUGUAUCGAUAUGUGGCUCCAUGCCACCGUUGGGCCACACCUUCAAGAACUUUCUCUCACGACGAGUGAGGACCCAUGUGUAACCCUCCCUCCUUCUCUUCUCAUGAAUUGCGCCAACCUCGUUUCCCUCAGUCUGGUUGGUGAAAUCUAUAUGGUUGAUAAACAUUCGACAAUUCAUUUUCCAUCACUGAAGAAGUUGGUUCUCACUUCAAAUGUUGUGGAUUCAGAAAUUCCCUUUCUCUCUGGCUGCCCCAAGCUGGAAAUUCUGGAUACUUACUUUAAUGAUGGAAAACUUAUGGCCAAAGUUUUCUCUCAACCUUCCUCCAGCUCCAAGAGUUUGAAAUCCACCAAUUACAACUUCACUUGGACUUGCCUUGAGAUACAUGACCAUUUCUUGACCUUUGGCAUCAUUAGCUACUUUCAAAGUAUGGUGGAAGCAUUUCUUCAUGUCUUUCCCCCAUGUGAAAGUGAAUUUAUCGAUCCUAUUCUCAAAUUACUCCGAGAUGAUUUGAUUGAAAUAUAUCUACUUUCGCGUCAUUCGACAUCGAAGUGCCCACUUCAAGCCCCUGUUCUAAAUUAUCCAGAGUUUCGCGACUUACAUCAUCUGAAGUUCAUUCUUCCCUGUUUCAACUCGAAUCUUCUGCUCAAUGUGGUUGAGAAAUGCCAUGUGCUUAAAGUUCUCAUCAUUCAGAGCAACAAGGAGGAACCAUCACCUUCAAGAACGUGGGAGCCACACUCAUUAACAAUUCCUAAAUGUCUCGAAUCCCACCUGAUCUAUAUUCACAUAGAAGGAUAUCAAGGAUUUGAAGAUGAGCUUACAUUUGCUGAAUAUAUUUUGCGUAACGGGCUUGUUUUAGAGACAAUGCUUAUUUUUGUUGACAUUUCAAUGGACAUAACGAACAAGUACCGUUCUAUCAAAAGAUUAACAAAUAUAUCAAAGGGAUCAGUCAAGUGUCAACUUAAAUUUGACCCAGAUGGGUCUCAUUAA